AUGAAGGCCAACUUUUUGAAAGGUGUGUCAGUCAAGCUUCUCGUGGACGGCAUUCAGCUCGAGGAGUACAACGACGAAGAUUCCAUCGACGGCGAGGAAGACACAUGCACGAGAUACGUUCAGGUCGUGCCCAACAGCACAUUCAAAAUUGCCGUGCAGAUCGAGUCGAAUUUUCGCUACAGGCUCGACGAUCUGGUUGUGGAAGUGUCUCUCGAUGGAGAGCGAGUGGAUGACCUGGUGAUCUCUUCCGAUCCGAACAGAAACACCCAGUACAAGGAAUUACUGGGACCCAAAGCAUUCACGAAGGGCAAAUGGCAGCGUCAACCCUACACCUUCGGCUCCUUGGACACCACCGAUGAGUCUCUCAAACCUGACCGUGCCGCAAAAUUGAAGGAUCUCCUCUCGCGCCUCGGGGAAGUCUCAGUCAAGCUCUUACGGGUCAAAGCGCGUCCUGGGACUCUGUCCAACGCCGACGAGAAGAAAGCCAGGGGCCUGAGAACGUCCGAAAUUGGCAACGCUGUCCCUGAGAAAGCUCUGAAGGGCCGAUCCAUCUCCAACAAAGCCACACUCGGCAUGCCAGAACCGACCACCGUGCAGACGUAUAUCACCGUGGACUAUCCCUACGGCCACAAGCCAGUGGCGAUCUUCACGUUCAAGUAUCGAUCACGCAAAGAUCUCCAAAUCGAGAACGUCAUUCCACGCAGCCCCAGCCCGCAGCCUCUCGAAGAGCGGGACCGCGCCACACUGAGUGCCGAAGAACUGCGCGAGCUGCUGCGCCGUGUUGAAGAAAGAGCUGCUGACGAAACGCGGGUGAAGAAGGAGCUGAAGCGUGAGCGGUCGACGACGAUUACGCUUGAAGACGAGGACGAUGAUGAGGACGACGAGGGGGUGGAGAUCAUCGCGGAGGCGCCAGCGAGGAAGCGCACGCGCACGAGUGGAGACUCAGGGGUCGUGGUGCUCGACCUGACGGAGGAGGACUGA